UAUAUUACCAGUUUAGUUGUUGCGCCCUCUCAAACAGAUGAUGAUCGGUGCGUUCACGGACAAUCCGUGAAAAAGGGUUGUCUUAACCUGGUUAUGCUCAGCGCCUCAGCCCGUCUUAGCCUGGAAAAAAACUAGUUUCAAAAACUAAAUUUCACAAUUUUUUUUUACAUGGAAAGCGUUAGCAUGAAUAAAGGCAUGUGUGGCGUGAGAUCUGUGUCAAUGGCGUGAAUCUCAGGUCAAAGUGUGAGACUUGGCAGCUCUGAAUGUUAGCAGAAAAUCAGAGUUGGGUUCAGUGGUGAUGAUGAUGGUGAGAGCAGCUUCCACAAAUAUUGGAAAGUACACUUUGACACAUAAGUCUCAGCGUUAUAAAAGGAGUCUUCACCGGCCCGUCGGAACCAUCAUGACCCGCAGCCGAGUGAAGAGCGGCGGCGACUUCUUCCAGAAACUCCCGUCAGAGGUGUUUCACAUGAUCCUGGACAGACUGUCUGUGCUGGAGAUCAGCGUGUUCAGCAUGGUGUCCAAGGAAAUCACUCGUUAUGUUGUGGACUAUAUCAACACCCUGGCGUGGAAGAAUAAAAUGAUCAUCCAAAGCUUUCACCACUCCACCUGCCAUGAACAGACAUCCACUAUUGAACACUACAGAGACCUGGGUUUACUGUUCAAGAGAUGUACCCUGUUGCUACCAACAAAGGACAGGUUAAAGUUUAUCUUUAGCAAGUUUUCACAGGUCCCCUGCUUCAUGUUAGAGCAGUGCUCAGCACCAGACUGCAUUGGCUUCUCCAGCUACGGAGUCUUCCUCCAGACACUAAUCGCAGGAUGGGAUGAGCUUGAGUGCCACAGAGUGUUCAUCUUCCUGUGUGACCUCACAAACCUACAGCAAAAAACGGAGUCAGUCAUCAGUGGAAAACCAGGGGUGAGGUGGUACCAGGAGCUGCAGCUCCGUCUUUUCUGCCGUCAGGUAUUCUUGGACCCUUGGCCAAACCGGCCGGAUUGUCAGUUCUGGCUAAUGCAGCUCCUGAAGCCUUGGCCGAUGGUCAGCCAGGCACACUUACUGUUCAUCCUCUACGGACCACUGCUGCCUGAGGGCUCCAUCAGUUGGCAGGAUCUAGUGGAGAGGGGGCUGCCUCACAGUGCUCUGUGGGACCUGGCCAGGGCCAUCCUUCUGCUCUUCAGCAAAGUAGAAGUCAAAGGCUGGACCACUGACUCGAUGCUGGCAAUUUUGGAGGAGCUUAUUGUUAUUCCUCAGCCCUGGCAUGUGGAGAAUGUGGCUCGUCUCUUGGUGCUGUGUGGCAGCAAUCUCUGCUACACUGUUCUGGCCAGCAAAGCCCUCAACGGACGAAUCCUUGAGAUAUCGAGACUCAUCGUCUACAUCAUACUGGUGUGUGAGAAGGACGGCUAUCACAUGAGCUGGGCGGUAAAGUUAGUACAGCAGAUCUGCAAAGUCUUCAGCACGGCUCCUGAAAAGUUCUGCUUCAUCCAACAUCUGGAGAACAUGUUUUCAGAGGUCACCAGGGAGAUCUUUGAGUUUUCCGUCACAGGAAACCAUCUCGAAGACAGGGAGACUUUCCAGACUUUGUGUAUCCUCCUGGACUCCAGUGCUCGCUUCCAUACUAAAUUCCUCUACAUGUUCCUCAAGUAGGAAUGAUGCAGAUUACAAGUUACAACGUGUGGAAGACAAAAUAAAGAGAUGUUGGGGAAGAAACAAAAUGUCAAUAAUGAACAGGGUUAGCUAAAGAAGUGAAUGAGAGAGAGUGUGAUGGAGCUUUGCAACAAGAACAGGAUUAACAGACACGGUAGCCUUUGGAAGUUCAGAGAAAUCCGAGGACGAAUGUGGUUCACUGCCUGCUAUAAAUAUCACUUUGUUGGUUGAAAAUAGAGCUGUUUAAUUGCCACGCUUUGGUUACACAGCUUGGUUAUUUAUACACAUUUUAUACUGUAUUUUUCUCAAAGUUUUAAAAAUCUUGUUCUCCCUAAACCAUUUUGGGUGUAAUUUUAAUACUAACAGUAUUUAAUAUU